GCUUCAUUUCUCGGCAGAUUCCCAGCGCCCGACCAACUUCCCCACCCCGACGCAGGCCCACAGGCCUUAAAGCACACGCGUUUCCAGCACACGACGGAAUUCCGCGGCCACGUCCGCCACGACCCUAGUCCCGCCCCGCGCCGCCCUCCAGCCCCCGGCCGUCCUCCGGGCUCCGCGCGUCCGGCACCGGGCCCUGCGUCUGCGCGUCGCGGCCAGCGCGGGGCGGGGCGAACCCUGCCUGGCGGAAGGGGUGGGGCAGGGCCGCACUUCCGUGGCUUCGGGAGGGGAAUCACAAAUCACAUUGAGCCAAAAAAACAUCCAGUGUUUUCUGCAGUUACAAACAAAAUGAAUAUUCCCAUGCUACUACAACACCCUCACCGGCAUUUCCUAAAAGGCCUUUUAAGAACACCUUUUCGACGUUACCACUUCAUCUUUCACUCAAGUAGUCAUCGCGGAUCAGGAGUCCCUUGUGCUCAGCCAUUUAAUUCUCCUGGACUCCAUUGUACAAAAUGGAUGCUGCUGUCAAAUGGUUUAAAGAGAAAAUUAUGUGUACAAACAACUUUAAAGGAACACACAGAAGAACUUUCUGAUAAAGAACAAAGAUUUGUGGAUAAACUUUAUACCGGUUUAAUCCAAGGGCACAGGGCCUGCUUAGCAGAGGCCAUAACUCUUAUAGAAUCAACCCACAAGAGGAAAAAAGAGUUAGCCCAGGUGCUUCUUCAGAAAGUAUUAGUCUACCAUAAAGAACAAGAACAAAUAAAUAAAGGAAAACCACUAGCAUUCCGAGUGGGAUUGUCUGGGCCCCCUGGUGCUGGAAAAUCAACCUUCAUAGAAUAUUUUGGAAAAAUGCUGACUGAGAGAGGGCACAAAUUAUCCGUGCUAGCUGUGGACCCUUCUUCUUGUACCAGUGGUGGAUCACUCUUAGGUGAUAAAACCCGAAUGACUGAGUUAUCAAGAGAUAUGAAUGCAUACAUCAGGCCAUCUCCUACUAGAGGGACUUUAGGAGGUGUGACAAGGACCACAAAUGAAGCCAUUCUGUUGUGCGAAGGAGGGGGAUAUGACAUCAUUCUUAUUGAAACUGUAGGUGUGGGUCAGUCGGAGUUUGCUGUUGCUGAUAUGGUUGACAUGUUUGUUUUACUACUGCCACCAGCAGGAGGAGAUGAAUUGCAGGGUAUCAAAAGAGGCAUAAUUGAGAUGGCAGAUCUGGUAGCUAUAACUAAAUCUGAUGGAGACUUGAUCGUGCCAGCUCGAAGGAUGCAAGCAGAGUACGUGAGUGCACUGAAAUUACUCCACAGGCGUUCAGAAGUCUGGAGACCAAAGGUAAUUCGUAUUUCUGCCAGAAGUGGAGAGGGGAUCACUGAAAUGUGGGAUAAAAUGAAAGAAUUCCAGGACCUCAUGCUCGCCAGUGGGGAGCUGACUGCCAAACGACAGAAGCAGCAGAAAGUUUGGAUGUGGAAUCUCAUUCAGGAAAGUGUGUUAGACCAUUUCAGGACCCAUCCCGCAGUCCGGGAGCAGAUUCCUCUUCUGGAAAAAAAGGUUCUCAGUGGAGCCCUGUCCCCAGGACUAGCCGCAGAUGUGUUGUUGAAAACUUUUAAAAGCAGAGACUUGUGAAAUGUAUCCUAUAUGAUGAUUUUAUAUGACAUUGCAUAAAGUAUUUUAAUAUUAAAGGUCACUUAUAUGCCUGUA